CACUGAGAGUAAAGGCAGCAUUGAACAGCAUUGAUGAGCGAGGUUAUCAACGCUGCUUGAACUCUACCUUAAUAGUUAAGUUAUUUCUUUAAUGUUAAGUGAACGAGUAUAUCAUGUCAACCAAGUAGCCAGAUGUCUUGUGUAUAAUAUAAAAAAGGUAUGCGGACGGAUCUCGUAGUUUUGAGUUGUUUUGUUCGCGGCGCAUAUUGUCAGCGUCUGUUGUUGUUGUGGCCUGCUAGCUUAAUUUAGCUGUUAGCCGCAGCUGGUUCCUGGAGCUCGACUCUCUUCACAUCCACAAAGAGGCUGGAGAUGGCACACCUCUUCAGCUAACUCAGGAGACCUUUAAAGGCAGGUGUGGUUUAGACCAGGGAUCACAGGUGAAGGUUCCCCAGCUAUGAGAGCCUCCACUUAGUGACUGAGAUCUCAGAGAAACAUGGAGCUAUACUGGUACAUAGUUGUCAUCAUAUUCAUCAUCAUCAAGAUAUUCUUCUACGUGUGCUGGUACCGGUCAAGACAAAGGCAGCUGGCAGCGUACUUGAGUAACCCACGCAAUGCUCAGAUAGUCAUUGUUGGAGGAAGGGCCUAUCUUCAUCAGAUGUGUGAGAGACAAAGCCAAACGUCCGUGUGGCCGAGUUGGUACGGCGUUCAGGAUGAUCUGUCAAUAGAGGAGCCCUCCACAGCCCUGCCACCAGCUGCAUCCUUCUCCAACUUGGACAUGCCACCACCAUAUGAGGCAGUGUCUGGAGAGGACGACCUGAAGCCUCCUCCCUACAGUGAGUGUGCAAACAGCGAUGAGCUUGACGCUGCUCGUCCCUCCCGUCUCACUCCUCUGAUUUCUGAGGGAGGAGGAGACACCAUCAGUGUGAACGAAGCUCCGCCCCCCUACACGCUGUCUCCCUCUACACAAAUCAGUCUGCAGGACGGCCCAGUGAGCCACAGCGAGAUCCAGCCAGAGAGCAGGUCCGCUUAAUCAAUCCCUGAUGCCAGUUUGCCUUCUCCAUGCACUGCCUUCCUACAUUCAACCUCAGUGAUCGUUGCCAGCCUAACUCUCUGCACGAGAGGAGAUGUUUAUUUGAAUGCGAGUGUGUGUGUGUGCGAAUGUUUCUGCAUGUGUAUUCUGUGGUUUUUAAAGUUGUUUUUCUACCUUGUAUUGUUUAAACUAAGUGGUCACCUGAUGAGUUUGGUAAUAACAGACGACAUCAGCAAGCCUGUGUGCCUCAGUCAGGACCACAGAGCCUGCCUCCCAGCUAGGAUGAGGAGAAAACCCCUGACGUCUGAGGCCAGUGGGGAUCAGUGAGACACAUUAGCAGAGAGAGAAAAAUCAAAGGUGCUUUUUUAUUUGUUUCCUUGUCUGAAGUCACGACCUUUCACAGAUCUAACAAGAACCUAUUCACACGGCAGCCAUUUUCCCCUGAUGUGUUUCUCACUCUGGGAGGCUCAAACGCUGUUACACUGAUCUGUUGAAUGAUUAACAGAGGGAAUCUGACAAAAGGUUACAUAUGCAAGUAGUCUCAUUGACGUCACCCUUUAGUUUCUGAAGAGGAGUAAUGAAGCCCAAAGAUGGAGUUCACCAUAUUGGAAAUGCUGACUCACGCUAACUUCGACUAAACCGGUAAAGAGGCUGAGAAGAGAUUGUAGCCUUGCUGCGCUGCACCCACCUGUUGGUCAACUCAGCCACGCCCUUAAAUAUGCCCAAUGAUGUAUCACUCUUAAGCUUGGUACAACCAAAACAAAUGAAUCCAAAAACAAUUUACCACACACACAUUUUUUAUUAGGUUUAAAGCAUAGACUGUAUAAAAUAUGGACGUAGUAUCCGUGACGUCACCCAUCUGUUCCUGAGAGCUGUUUUGAAGCAAAUCGACGGCAGCAGCCAUAUUGGUAAUGCGGAACUUAACCUAGGCAGAGUGUGACGUAGUGUGAGUCUCUUAGCCAAUGGCUGUGUGUUCCCGACCGGGAGUCACGUCAGUCAUGUCCUUAUUUGGGCAAAACUCAUAAUCUUAAUAUCUUCUUAACCGUCAUGUUAGAAAAAAAUUCACCCCCCGUACAGUGUGUGCCAUUAGAGAGAUUAGUGUUGUAGGGCCAAGCCGUUUUUUGAACCAGGCUGUAAACAUGGUUAUUAAUGCUGCAAAGAUCGUCUUUUUCCCAUUCAUAUCUAUGUGGUUUCCGGUGUUUCUGCAGCCAGCCUCAAGCGGAUUCUCGAUGUAUUGCAGUUUAUAUCACUCCCGCAUUGGCUUCAUCGUUUGAGACCGGAGUUUGACGCUUGGUUUAAAGACAGAAAAUGUGUUUUUGCACCAGGCUGUAAACAUGUUUGAUGGGCGUGUACCAUUGGGCUUCACACUGCCUCAAGUGGACAGUCGAGGAACUGCAGCAUGUUUGCGCAUCCACACAUUGGCUUCUUUGUUCCAACACUAGAAGUUGCUGUUUGUACCUCUCCUUUCUCCUCAUACGGUCACAACUGAUAGAAUCCCAUGUUUCUCCAGACUUAUUUCCUUAAUCCCUCCCUCCCUUGUUUCAUUUCCUUGCGUCUCUCCAUGCAUCUCUGGCGGGAGGGACUAAGAUGUAGAGCGAGGGACACAUGGAUACAACUUAAGGGAACCAAGAUGCACCUAUGGAAAGUCAAUUCCAGAGAGACAUCAAGCUGUACACAACCAGGAGGUCCCUUCAGACUGUAUUUAACAGCUACAAACACUUCCUGGUUAUCUGUCCCAUUCAGUGCAGUACAUCGAGGUGUAAAUUCAACAAACAUACCAAGAAAUGGUCAGUAAGAUUAGCAGCAGUGGCCUCAGCUGUAGUACCCGACUAUCUGUCCUUUGUGUUACCUUAAAAUGUAAUCAAGGCUUUUCAUGCAUUCAUAGGGGGAAGGAACUGGGGAUAGAGUCAAAAAUAGGGAAUAGAUUGGGCAUGAUGUGCAGUGGAUGGUUAAGGGUGGGAGUUCAGUCCAUGGGCACUCUCGCCUCUGUACAUGGAGCACAUCAUUUCACCUCUGAGCUCAACUUCUAGUUGAUCAAUCACAUUUUUAGAUAUUUGUCAGAUUCCCAACACUUGCACGAUUACCUGAGACCCGAGAAGAACGUGACUGCCGUAUGAAUCAGGCGAGUUGUCUAAUUCAUAAAGCUUGAUUGAGGGAAUUGAGAAGAAGCUUGAAGGUGUUGCGUUCCUUCUCCUGUGAUCCACGGCGUGUGGAAUUCUUCUGAACACAGACCCAUUCUGUGAUAGAAAAACCUCUGUGUACAAAGUCUAAUUAGAUAACGGGCAAACUGCUGCAUACAUUUGCACAUUAAAUAAAUAGUGUUGCCUUUUUUUAAACUGUUAUCGCUCUCCACGCUUCAUUAAUACAGCACACGUAUUGUUCAAGACAAAGUUUGUCGCCACAGAAAUAUUUGAUAAUGAAUGCACUAAAUGUAAAAGUAAUGACCUCAUUAGCAUCACCGGGUCUGUUUAAUAUAUCACACUGAUUAGACUGGCACAUUAGGCAAUUCAAGUGCCUGUUAGAUCUGUGAAUGGAAGUUAGCCAGGACAAGAUGGGGAAAUAAAUUAACACCUUAUGGCAGUAAGAAAGACAUCGCUUCAUGUUGAUGAUCUGCUGCGUGGAUUCAUCCCUUGAGGCUCGUAUAUGCCUGAAGACUUGAACAGGUCUGGAUAAGUUUUGGCUUUGGGCAAAAGGUCCUUUGAAGUGCAUCAAAAAAUGUAAUCCUUGCACGUCCUGAGUGUUCUGUGGCUGUAAAUCCGGCUGUAAGAAAUUGAUGUUAUGAGUUUAAUUGUCGGCCUAAAGGCUUAAAUUGAGAUGAAUAUUUUAAAAUGUUAAACAAUCCAGAAAAUGUUAAAGAAUCAGAAAAAAUGAGCCUGUGAUGAGACAGAAAUCUACAGGGUGGUGUUUUAUGUGUUUCCUGAUAAGUCAUCAUCAUAACCCAGUUGUUCCUUCCUCUUUGUCACAAAAUGAAGUCUAACCAAAAACUGUUUGAGCUCCUCUUCCUCGUCAUCUUCAUGUCCUCCUACCACGGGCUGGUAGAGGUCAGAAGUUUGUGUUUUAUUCUGUUUGUUUUCUGGAAUAGUAUCGCUUUGAGAAAGAUCAUAUCUGUGCUUUUUUUGCUUUUCGUAUCUACGGUGUUUCACAUAAUCAGGACAUUACACUGUAAGAAGAUGCUCUCACAUGACCUUCCUUCCUGUUUGUUUCAGCUGUACAAUAAUCUGUGUACAAGAAAAAAAUCACAGUCAAACAUAGUGAAGACUGUAUAAAGUACAUAAAAGAGGGUCAGAAUUCAAACUGUUAAAAGAUAAUCCUUCAUAUUGUGAUGACAAAUCGUGGAGCUUCGUCCUCUCUGCUGUGGUUCAACAAUCUGAAGGAUGCACCAGAGAAGCUGCACGGUACAAACGUGGACUCGCUAACACAGCAGCAGCAUGACGAUGAGUGAUAUCUACACCGUAGUGUUACAGGCUUCUUCUGAAUGUGCGUCCUGUUUAACUUCAUGUGCAUUCCCAUGCUGGUUGACAUAUCGGAUCUCUCCAGUCUGUAGCUUUGUGGGUUGAGUGGAGGGUUUAUUUUUGUCUGUUUCAGGUGAAAUACAUCUUCUGUAUUAAACUGUUGUUUAUAAUA